AAAUCCCUUUCAUCCUUGUUCUUCCAGUCCCGCGUAUUUGAAAUAAUCUUCUUCUUCUUUUUCGUCUGGUUAGUGCUUGGAGCUCUAAAACCCUAGAAACCUUUUGAGUUCCAAAUCCUUCAAAAACGUAGUUAUGUUCUCUCCGGCGGUGAAGAGAUCCCAUCUCGUCUCACAAAAGGAUCGGAAUCCUGGCCGGAGCUCCCCCGGCUCCCCAUCGACGCCGGUAGUUCAGAAUGAGAGAAUCGUCUCGAGCUCCGCUAUCCCUAGUCGGCCAGCAACUGGCACUCCGGCUCCAUGGACCUCUCGCUUGUCGGUUCUCGCGAGGAUUCCAUCAGGGAAUAAAACUCAGAAAAGCGCUGAUACUGAUCCAAUCCAACCUGUGUUUGUCGGGGAGUUUCCCCAAGUUGUUCGGAAUGCAGUAGCUGGUCUUCCACAGAGGAGUGUUGCAGGUAAAACACUUCUUUCUGGUGGCAUGGAUAAGAGGACCUCCCUUUCCUGGGUAAUUUGUGGGAAUCAACUGUUUUUCUGGAGCUACUUGUCAGCUGCAGUGUCAAAAAAGUGUAUCGUUCUUGAGAUUCCCUCUUCUGUGCUGGGAAAUGCGGAUGCUAGCUCAAAGAAUAGCCAUUGGAUGGUUUGUGUUGUUCCUUGGGGCAUUGCACAACCAAAGAGCAAUAAGGUUUUAGAGCAGUGCAACUCUGCUGGUGUUGUCAUGUGUAACCAGAAGACUCGAGCUGUCAUAUACUGGCCUGAUAUCUACUCAGAAAAUGGCAGAACACCAACUACUAGUUUUGCAACCAUGCUUGAAUCAAAAUCCAGUGAUUCACAUGAUGAUCUCAUUGGAAUUGAAUACUCUGUUGAAUAUGAACGGUUUACCUCAUUAAUUGUCUCUGAAGUAUCAGGUGCUUCUUAUGAAUGCAUUGGAAUAGCUUGUCAGUCUAAUGGUGACUUGUGGUGUUUUCGUUUUACUCCAACUUCUAUUUGUUGUGAAAAAGUUUGUAGAAAUAUGGUUGAUGGUUGCAGUAAUCAAUCUCAAAUGAGCAAAGUGUAUGCUAGGUCACUCCUUUGGCGUUUUGAGAGUGGUUCUUUGAAGGGAUCUACUAGGGAGUUCUUUUUGCUGACUGAUCGUGAGAUUCAAUGCUGGACGGUUACGCUUACAUCGGAUAUAAAUAUUAACAGACUCUGGACUCAUGAAAUUGUGAACAAUGAUGGUGAUUUAGGUAUUAAGAAAGACCUAGCAGGACAAAAGCACAUCUGGCUAUUGGAUAUGCAGGUGGAUGACCGAGGGAAAGAAUUUACGAUUUUGGUGGCUACACUUUGUAAGGAUCGAGUAAGCAGCUCAAACUACACUCAGUAUUCUCUUUUGACAAUGCAAUACAAACCAGGACUGGGUUCAUCUGUGGAAAAUGAUGAGUUAGUCGGUGAUAGAGUUCUAGAGAAAAAAGCUCCAUUACAAAUAGUAAUUCCUAAAGCAAGAGUUGAAGAUGAUGACUUCUUGCUAUUUAUGAGGCUACGUGUUGGGGGAAAGCCAUCUGGUUCUGCCAUUAUACUUUCUGGGGAUGGAACUGCAACUGUGGCCAAUUACUGGCGUGGUUCGACACGACUUUAUCAAUUUGACUUGCCAUGGGAUGCAGGUAAAGUGUUAGAUGCCUCCAUUUUCCCUUCCACGGAAGAUACUGAGGAAGGGUCCUGGGUUGUGCUGACUGAAAAGGCAGGAGUGUGGGCAAUACCUGAGAAGGCUGUUUUGCUUGGUGGGGUUGAACCACCUGAGCGAAGCUUGUCUCGUAAGGGAAGCUCAAAUGAAGGGGUUUCUGAAGAGGAGAAAAGAAGCCAAGCAUUUGGAGGCAAUUUGGUUCCUAGAAGGGCUAGUUCUGAGGCAUGGGGUGCUGGUGAUAGACAACGGUCAGCAUUAACGGGCAUUGCCCAGCGAACUGCUCAAGAUGAAGAGGCAGAAGCCCUACUAGGUCAGCUGUUUCACAAAUUUCUUUUGUCUGGUGAAGUUGAAGGUUCAUUUGAAAAACUUGAAAGGAAGGGGGCAUUUGAAAAGGAAGGUGAAACUAAUGUGUUUGCUCGCAUGAGCAAGUCCAUUGUUGACACACUGGCCAAGCACUGGACAACAACAAGAGGGGCAGAAUUUGUGGCUUCAGCUGUCAUCUCAUCCUUACUUUUGGACAAGCAGCAGAAGCAUCAAAAGUAUCUUCAGUUUCUUGCUUUGUCCAAGUGCCACGAGGAACUCUCUUCAAAACAAAGAAAUUGUUUGCUUACUGUCAUGGAACAUGGUGAAAAGCUGGCUGCUGUCAUCCAGCUCAGGGAAUUACAAAAUUUGCUUAGCCAAGACCGAUCAAAUGAGUCUGGCUCACCAGCAUUGCAUGCACGAAAUCAAGCAGUUGGAUCUCUUUGGAACCUUAUUCAAUUAGUUGGUGAGAAGGCUCGCAGAAAUACCGUUCUUCUAAUGGAUCGAGAAAAUGCUGAAGUAUUUUAUAGUAAAGUAUCAGAUGUGGAAGAACUCUUCUCUUGCUUAUCACAUCACCUUCAGUAUGUAGUUGGCAGUGAUCAAUCUUUUCUAGUUCAGAUUCAGCGAGCUUAUGAAGUAUCAAAUGCCAUCACAACUUUGAUUCAGGCUGCCAUGCAUUACAGAGAUGAGCAUCAGACCUGGUACCCUUCUCCUGAGGGUCUAACCCCUUGGAAUUGUCAUCCAGUGGUACGAUCAGGCCUGUGGAGCUUAGCUUCAUAUAUAAUGCAACUUUUAAAAGAAGCAGCUGUCAUUGAUAUGUCAUCCAAAUUAGGGUUAUGUUCUCAGUUACAAGGGCUAGCAGAUAUUUUAUUGGAUUCCUAUACUGGUGCAAUCACAGCCAAAAUUGAACGUGCUGAAGAACACAGAGGUUUAAUUGAGGAAUACUGUAGGAGAAGGGAUGAAAUUCUUGCUACCCUUUAUGAACAAACCAAAAGAAUUGUGGAUGCAAGAUAUCAGGACACAAGUAAGGGUGUUGAAGAUGCUGUGCUAAAAGAAGCUAUAUACAGGGAGGUUUCCUCACCUCUGCUGUCCAUUGCUAAGCGUCAUGAAGGCUACCAGACGCUAUGGCUCAUUUGCUAUGAUCUAAAUGAUACUGGGCUUCUUCGAUCUCUUAUGCAUGAUAGCAUUGGGCCCAAAGGAGGAUUCUGCAAUUUCGUGUUUAAGCAGCUGAUUCAAAGGUGCCAGCAUGCUAAAUUGUUGAGGCUUGGGGAAGAAUUCCAGGAAGAACUCGCUAGUUUUCUGAAGGAACACAAAGAUCUAUUGUGGCUUCACGAAAUAUUCUUGAACCAGUUCUCCUCUGCUUCAGAAACUCUUCACAUUGUUGCUCUUUCUCCAGAUGAUGGCUCUAUGUUACUGAGUGGAGAUGAAUCGGGGCCUUCUGGCCCAGCACAGGGCAAAAGGGCUGUUUCUUUGGAAGACAGAAGGCGUCUACUUAAUCUCUCAAAAAUAUCUGCAGUGGCAGGAAAAGCUCCCGGGUUUGAGUUGUCAUUGAAGCGUAUAGAUGCUGAUUUGCAGAUUCUAAAGCUGCAGGAAGAGAUAAUCAAGAACUUAAAAAACAGCGAAGAACACCAAGAUGUAAACAGGCCACUUCCUGCCGGAGAACUUGUUGAGUUGUGCUUGAGAGGAAAAACAAAGGAGCUCGCUUUGCUAGCCUUUGGAGUUUUUGCAUGGGCAAGCUCUUCCUUCCGGAGCUCCAACAGAGCCCUUCUUGAGGAAUGCUGGAGAAAUGCUGCUGACCAAGAUGAUUGGGUAGCUCUCUGCCAAGCAUCAACAUCAGAAGGCUGGAGUGAUGAAGUAACCCUCGAGUAUCUCAGAGAAACGAUACUCUUCAAGGUUGCACACCUCUGUUACGGACCUGAAGCUGUGACCUACGAUGUGGGUUUCGAUGAAGUGUUGCCUCUUCAAAAGGACGAUGUGGAAUUUCCGACCUUGAAGGAUCCCGUGUCUUCAGUGGAAGGAAUUCUUAUGCAGCACAAGGAUUUCCCUGAUGCUGGUAAACUAAUGUUGACUGCUGUCAUGAUGGGUAAGGCGGGAACCAUCGCCAUAGCUGAGGAAGACACUGCUAUGGAUUCCUAAUGACACAGGGUUUCUAGUUGUUGUUACAUAUCACUGAUUCAAAAUCCAACAGUGUGCAUACAUGCUUGUCAUUUUGUGCUCCGUGAGUAUCCCCCAGGUCUCCUUUUUAAUUUUGAGAUAUAAAAAUUAGCAUGCGGAUGUUUGGCCCGUUUUUAUGUCAUUUGAAAGGAUUAUUGUUGGGUGGAAAUCCUCUGCGGAAUCAUACAAGAGACGCUGCAAUAUACAAGUGGUACACAUCUUUUUUUCUUUUUUAAUUUUUUUUUUUUUUUAAAUUUUAAAACAAAGCGUUAUAGACA